AUGCCGCGUUGGAUGGGGCGCGCGCCGGUGCGUGCGCUCAGCACGAGCAGUGUGUGUAGGGUGGACCGGGUGCGCCGGAGCCUGUUGUAUGUCCCUGGGAGUUCCGAGCGCAUGCUGGUCAAGAGCCACAGCGCGCCGGCGGAUACCUUGGUGUACGACCUGGAGGACAGUGUGGCGGAGCACCGCAAAGGCGCUGCGCAGGAGAUGGUGCUGCAGGCACUGCGUGCGGCACCGUCGACUGCGCCCGAGCUGGGCGUGAGGAUCAACGCGCCGUCGUUGCAGCGCGCGCUCGCCGCGUCGGACCUCGAGGUGGUGCUGCAGAGCGAGCGUCUUCAGGCGCUCGUCCUGCCCAAGUUUGAGAGCGUCGAGGACGUAGACUUUGUCGCGCAGUACGCUGCGCAAGCGCCGAGCGCAUCCGCGAGCGACCCCCUGUCGCUGAUCCUGUCGGUGGAGAGUGCGCGGAGCCUGGUCGACCUCCCCCACCUUUUGCGCGAGUCCAUUGCGCGGCUCCGAGGCGAGUAUGGCGGCAUUGCACGCGUCGCUGCCGUCCUCUUUGCGAGCGAGGACUACUGUGCAGAGACCGGCAUCAAGCGCACGCGGAAGCGCACGAGCCUCUUGUACCCCCGCGCGAACCUCGUGACGGUGGCCAAGGCGCUCGGCAUAGAGGCAAUUGACAUGGUGUGCAUCGACUACCAGGACCUCGACUACCUCCGCGAAGAGUGCACGGAAGGCGCCGAGCUUGGGUUCGACGGCAAGCAGGCGAUCCAUCCCGCGCAGCUCGAGACGCUGCGCCACGCGUUCUCGCCGUCGGAGCAGGAAAUUGACUGCGCCGAGGCGAUCAUUGCCGCGUACGACGAAGCAACGCGCACGCAGCACAAGGGCGCCAUCGGCCUGCAAUGGGACGGCCGCCAGAUCAUGAUCGACGCGCCGAUGCUCCUCCAGGCCCAAAAGACGCUCGCGCGCGCACAGGGCGUUCGGUAUUAG